CCUUUUGAACAGCUCAGCACGUACAUUCUUAGGGAUGUUAUAAAGAUUAUCGAUGUAGCCGCACAUUUUGUAAAAACCGGACUGAAAUAUGUCACUUCAAUCAUUGCAAGCAGAAUUUGAUAAUCGUUGUUGGGACACAGGACCACCAAAAGAACUAUCAUUCCUUACUUUAUCGUUUUCAUUUUUUUUCACACUACUCAACAUCCCGGGAAAUACUCUAGUGAUCAUUGUUGUCGCUAAAGAUCCCCAAAGGAAUCUUCGUACCCCCUUUAACUACUUCAUGUGUAACCUGGCCUUGGCGGAUCUUAUUGUGGGUUUAAUAUGUGACCCGAUUUCAGUUUAUAUUCACUGGAAAGAAGUUACGGAUUCAGAGGUAACCGAACUGGACUAUCAGAUAAAUCAUCUGUCCUAUUUCAUCUCCUGUACAGCGUCGGUCCUCAGUCUUGCUGCAGUAGCUGUAGAACGAUACCUCGCUAUCAGAGACCCGCAUAACUACAGGAGCAAAUGCACCGGAAAAAGGAUCCUACUCACAAUCGCCGGUAUUUGGCUUUUCUCCCUUAGCCUACCGUGGAUUUACUUAAGUGUUGGGUUUAUUGCAUACGCUUUCAUAUUUGCCAACUCUGCAGUUGCAGUUGCAGUCUUCAUAUGUUGCUUCACUUACGGCCUUUUUCUGAGGGCUUUUAAAAAGCGCUCAAGAAAUAGCGAGGAACAUCCGGCGGAAGACGAUAAUCACCGGCAACCCAACGAUCAAAAUGAAGACACGCUAUCAAGAAGAAACGCAAACACACGUAGAGAAAACGCAGAGCAACUGGAACAGAGGAUAACAAAAAUGUUUUUAAUUGUACUCUUGGCUUUGUUAUGCUGCUACGUCCCUUCAACCGUGCUCAUUUAUGCAUUGGGAUUUUGCAAAUCAUGCAGCUGCGAAACUCUCCAUUGGUUCAAAGAUUUACAGCAUCUGUUUGUGUUAGCUAACUCGAGCGUCAACUUCUUCUGCUACGCAUUUCGAUCACCGAGAUUUCUCAGCGCAUUUAAAACUAUACUUAAAUGCAGGAGAGGAAAUGUCUCACACGAAGGAGUUGCAUGAUGGGAAGAUAACAUUGGCAACAGUUGGAUCGUUUUCAAAAUUCUAACAAAUUCCGUCACGCCCAAAAUUGAAAAUCCGUUUCAAAUAAAAACACUUACAAUAAUCAAAACAAUGUCGUGAACACGUCAAAGUGGCUGAUGUAGUAUAAAAUUUAAAAUAUAUUUCUAAAAUAGCUUGUUUCUAUCGGAUGGCAAACAGCCUUAAGCCGCGGCUACACGGGCCAUUUUCGUCGACGAUUUUCUCCUUCUAGCGUAUGUUUUGUGUGAAUUAUGUACGCAGACACGCAGUGUAUAAGUUGGGCGAAAUAAAGCAUACACCAACAGAAGAAAAUCGCCGCCAAAAAUCGCCCGUGUAGUCGGCGCUUUAAACUGUAAAUGACCAAAUCCUGUUUCAAAGGAAUUCAAUAUUUUGGUCAAUUCGGGAAGGGAGCUAGAAAGCGGAAAAUUAUAUUAAUCAAAGUUAGGACGAUGCGACGAAAGCUAACUGAUAUAAAAUGUGAUUAUGCGAAACUAAGGAAUUUUUUAAUUACUUUUUUACAAAUCACAUAUCGUCCUAUAUAUGGAAGUCGCUAUCAUCAGAUAAGUGUAUGUAACAUAUUAUUCAAUUACUUGAAAACAAGACCGCGUUGCCAAAAACCGAUUGAUCACACGAAUCAUUUCGAUUAAAAGAGGAAACUUGAGUCAUUAGAAAUUAGAAUGCUUAUAAAAUGUGUGUGU